AUUUUGGGUAGUUAUGUAAUUGAUAUUGAUAUAUAUUUAAUGUGCUGCACCCGGGAAAGAUCAUACCCACAAAUAACAACUGAACAAGAGUCGUGUUUGUCAGGCCGAAAGACGUAUGUGGUUUUUGCGAGGAAACAAUAAAUAGACUUAAAUAAUACAUUUUCAAGACAUUGGGAUUCAUUCAAUUCAUCAGAAUAAAGACGCGAAAUCGGAUAAAAAAACCGCCGAUCGAUCGCACACCCCAAAAACACCAAUUUGCACUCGCGCGAUCCAUCGAGUGGAUCAAUAGAGGUUUUUGGCUGGUUUCGAUUGAUCGGUUGUUUCAAUUCAUCAGUUGUUUGGUAUUAUGGUAUUGUUACAGAGGAGAAAAUUACGAGGAUCGGGCUCUGAGGAGGAAGAGAAAGACAAUGGAAAUCGUAACAAUGGCGGAUUUGGAAUUCGAUUGGGGAAAAAGUACGAGCUGGGGAGAACCCUUGGAGAAGGCAAUUUUGGGAAGGUGAAAUACGCGAAGAACCUCGAAUCGGGCCGGGCCUUCGCGAUCAAGAUUUUGGAGAAAAACAGGAUUCUCGACCUCAACAUCACUCAUCAGAUAAAGCGGGAGAUUGGGACUCUGAAACUCCUCAAACACCCAAACGUUGUGAGAUUAUAUGAGGUGUUAGCAAGCAAGACGAAGAUUUAUAUGGUCCUUGAGUACGUGAAUGGUGGCGAACUGUUUGAGAGGAUUGCCUCCAAAGGCAAAUUCCAAGAAGCCGUAGGCAGGAAGCUCUUCCAAAAUUUGAUUGAUGGUGUUAGUUACUGUCACAACAAAGGCGUUUUUCACAGAGAUCUCAAACCAGAAAAUGUGCUGAUUGAUGCAAGAGGAAUGAUUAAAAUUACCGAUUUCGGCCUCAGUGCAUUACCUCAGCAUCUCAGGGACGAUGGAUUAUUGCACACGACUUGUGGAAGUCCAAACUAUGUUGCUCCCGAAAUUUUAUCAAACAGAGGAUAUGAUGGUGCAGCCUCAGAUACAUGGUCGUGUGGUGUUAUCUUAUACGUAAUUCUCACUGGAUAUCUUCCCUUUGAUGACCGGAACCUUGCAGUACUGUAUCAAAAGAUUUUCAAGGGAGAAACCCAGAUUCCAAAAUGGCUAUCUUCCGGGGCAAAAAACUUAAUAAAGAGGAUUUUGGAUCCGAAUCCUCAGACACGGAUAACAAUGUCAGAGAUAAAAGAAGAUGAGUGGUUCAAACAAGGGUAUGUACCGUUAGAUCCUAAUACAGAUGACGAAGAGGAAGAAGAAGAAGAAGAAGAAGAAGACGAAAAUACCAGCACCGAUGAUGAUGUGUCAUCUGUACAUGAGACGCCUUCGGAUGCAGAAAGAGAUCCCGACUCGCCCACUCUAAUCAAUGCUUUUCAGCUGAUUGGAAUGUCCUCGUGUCUGGAUCUUUCUGGCUUCUUUGAGAAAGAGGACAUUUCCGAGAGGAAAAUUAGAUUUACAUCGAAUUAUUCUCCUAAAGAAUUACUGGAGAGGAUCGAAAAAACCGUUACAGAGAUGGGAUUUCACGUUCAAAAGAAAAACGGAAAGUUGAAAGUAUUGCAAGGCCAACUGGUAGAGCGCAAAGGACAGAGAGCCCCCGGAUGCCUCUCAGUGGCUGCGGAAGUUUUCGAAAUAAGUCCAUCCUUGUAUGUGGUUGAGUUGCGAAAAGCAUAUGGCGAUCUUACAGUGUACAGACAGUUGUGUGACAAACUAGCAAAGGAAUUGGGUGUGGUGUAGCAGAAAAGCAAAAGUGCAUUGCCAAGCUGCCAAUGAAUUUUAAAACUUGUAAUGGCUGAUCGGCUCAAUCAACUAUUGAGCUGAAGCGAGUGCUAGUUUAUUAGUUACAGUUUUUUUAUGUGAUUAAUAUGUAUAUGUAUAUAUAACAUUAUUAUCACUCUUAUCAUUCAUUUCAAAUGUUGUAGAACCCGCGAAAAAUCUAUUACAAGGAUAGUAAAGCUGGAUUUCGUGAUAAUCAUCACUACUGUGGUUAUUAGCACUAAAGUUUUAGUUUUAGUAGCCAUUAAAAUAUAUUGUCAUCCUAUCCUUACUCAAGAUAUUCAAC